AUGUCCUAUUAUGGGCCCAUCACCAUCGGGACCCCAGCACAGUCUUUUUAUGUCCUGUUUGACACCGGAUCCUCCAACCUCUGGGUUGCCUCUACGUACUGCAGCAGCCAGGCCUGCACAAACAUACCUAGGUUCAACCCCACUCAGUCCUCCACCUGGUCCAGUAAUGGGCAGACCUUCUCCCUGCAAUACGGCACUGGGAGCCUCACUGGGGUCUUCGGCUACGACACUGUCACUGUCGGAGGCAUUACCCUCACUAACCAGGAGGUGGGUCUGAGCACCAAUGAGCCGGGCACCAACUUUAUGUAUGUUGGAUAUGAUGGCAUCCUCGGCCUGGCGUACCCCAGCGAGUCUGUACAAGGACAGCCCACUGUUAUGGACACCAUGAUGCAGAAUAACAUGCUUAAUGCCAACGUUUUCGCUUUCUACCUGAGUCGGAAUGAGGCCCAAGGCAGUGAGAUGACAUUUGGAGGUGUUGAUCAGAGCCGAUACACUGGUGACAUCUACUGUAGUGACGUCACCAAUCAGAUGUACUGGCAGAUUGAAAUUAAUGGUUUCUCCAUCAACAACCAGGAGACUGACUGGUGCCAGGGGGGAUGUCAAAGUAUUGUGGACACAGGCACUUCCCUCCUCGCCUGCCCUCAGCAGUACCUGGGAUACCUGCAGCAGUACAUUGGAGCUCAGGCUAACGAGAAUGGGGAGUACAUUAUUGAUUGCAACAACCUGGCUAACAUGCCUACUAUUACCUUUAACAUCAAUGGAGUGAACUUCCCCCUGCCCCCAUCUGCCUACACCAUCGUUAACUACCAGAACGGACAACAGUACUGCACCAGCGGCAUCAUGGGUACUUACCUGUCUUCCCAGAAUGGCCAGGUCAUGUGGAUUCUGGGAGACGUGUUCCUGAGGCAGUAUUACUCCGUAUUCGACAUGCAGAACAACAGCGUUGGAUUCGCCGCUGCUGCUUAAGCCCCUCCCAUUCACUGCGGCCUCCGUCCAAUCCCUUUAUAACACACCUUGAACCAACCAACCAGAACAGCUGCAAUGCUAGCCUGGGUUUCACCCUCCACACGCUGUGAGAGAGGGUGUGUUAUAAAAACAAAAACAUACAUGGAGCUGAUUUAAAAUCAUGUAAAUCAUAAUUCU